UCAAGGCCCAUUUUCAUUUGUUUUGGGCUCAACCACCAUUUCUGGAAAUCACCUUGUCUAUCUUUAUCUGGUAGUCCUUUCUUCUCUCACUACCUUCCAUUUUCUCCCUCUGUAGCAUAAUACUCCACUACAGCCGCCGUCAAUUUUCCAGAUCCUUCAAUGGCCGAAGUUGAAGCGCCCAAGCUCCCAUCCCUAGCUGAGCAUUAUUUAGUAGAGAACAAAGAACCAAAACCUGAGGCAGCUCCAAAAUCUGCUGAAGAGGUCGAACCAUCAUCAGAUGCCACUUCCAAGGAAAUUGUUGAGAAAAUCGAGGACACCUCAACUGCCGAUGUGAGUGAAGAAGUUGCUCCUCCUGCUGAAGAAGAAAGCAAGGAAUCGGGCCUCACUGAUAAAACUACUGAGGAUAAUGGAGACCAAGAAAGCAAUGACAACAGUGCUGAAUCCGGGAACUCAGAUGAACAAGAAGUUGAGGAAGAGACUCCUGAGAUCAAGCUUGAGACAGCUCCUGCAGACUUCCGUUUCCCAACAACUAACCAAACCAGGCACUGUUUCACAAGAUAUAUUGAGUAUCAUCGGUGUGUUGCGGCAAAGGGUGAAGGUGCACCCGAGUGUGACAAGUUUGCUAAAUAUUAUCGCUCUCUUUGUCCUGGUGAAUGGAUUGAUAGGUGGAAUGAGCAAAGGGAAAAUGGCACUUUUCCAGGUCCUCUGUAAUGCCUGUCCCGUUGGUUUCUCUUGAUAUUCAUUCAGUCUCAGAUGAGUAAUAAAAUAUUUUGGGUUGUUCUUAUGAAGAAUUGAAGCCCAUACUGUAUUCCAGCGGCCUUCUGACUGCAUUGUGCUUGCUUAUAUAAGAUACUUUUAUUCAUUCCUUUCGUGCUGCUUUAUUGUACUCCGGUACACACACAUGCACACAUAUGUUGAGUUUGAAUGUCGAUUAAUUUAUGGUAUUCACAACAGUUGAGGCAUCAUUUACACGUGAAAAUACCCGCAUCAAGCAUGACAUUCCCUCUAUUUUAAGGCACGCCGUAGAUUGAUUCGGUACAUUCUUAUGAAAUUAUCAUCGGGAUUUCAAUUUUAUCCUCCCAAAUUGAUUUGACUGAUGGUUCCUUUCUCAAUGUUCCCUCCAUUUGUUUUUAAGAAAUCAAUUAUUUAUGUGUUUAAGAAACCAUUUUUAGAAUUUCAUUAGAAAUCAUUGUUGG